CUGGACUCUGUUCGGAAAAGUUGCAAGCCUGAACUUGCUGAAGGUUGAACUUGAAGGCUGAAGCCCAGCAAAAAGAAGAUGAGGCAUUGAUCCGGGUUCUCAUUCCAUCUGCACUGAGGUGGAUGUUCUUCGUUCUCGUGUCACUAUUAGUAAUAGUUCGAUUAAAGGUCCAUUCAAUCCUCAUUCCUUCUUCAUUCGAGCAGUGUGAUCAGGCUCUGAUUGACAACAUCAUUGGAGUCCUCAUUGUUCCCACGAUGGCGGAGGCAAAUGCACCCCCCGUUGGUGCCGACUAUCUUCCCCUCCCCGCUACCUUCGACCCCAGUCGCCGCUCGCAGGGGCACACCAAAGCGCACCGGUCCGUCAUUGUGUUCCUGGCUGUCUCUCUCAUCGCCCUCGCAGGCACGUGUAUGUACCUUGACAUCUCUCUGGAGCAAGUGACGGCUCAGCUGAAGGCAGCCUCAAUGCAGCUUUCUGCUGCGAACAAGCCGGGCUCAAAGCACACCGACGCCUGCAUGGCACGUGCGCACGAUCCCCAGUGCAUCAAGACCCCUGCUGAGUACGUCAAGAUUCUGAUGGAGAGGUCCAAGAGUCAUGUGGCCCUCAACAGGACUGCCUGUGUGGCCGAUAACAUGCUGGGGAGAAUGUACACUGGGGCGUUCCAGAGUGAUGACUGGCAGCUGGACCCUGUUCUGUCAAACGCACCCGCCCGUCGCAUCAUCUUUGCCAUUGGACCUCGCAUGCUUGAGAAGAUUCUGGUUUGGGGCCACAACGCAGCAGACAAGGCUGUCAAGUCACUCGGCUACGGGGAUGCGUUCGUUUGCGGCGGUGCGCCAGACUACAGAGCAUCCUGCCAGUACCGUCUCCUGGUCUGGACGUCAGAAUGCACCGUCAAGAACGAGGGGCCGCUCGUGAGGGGCGACUGGGCCAACCUGGAGGCGUUCAUGCGGGAGGACUAUGGGAAGGAGCUCCCGAAGCUCACCCGUCAGAUUGCGGAGCUCGAGGCGACAACCUUCCGCGAGUUGACCAAGUGCGACCCGGACGUGCUCCAAAUCAAGGCCUGGGACCCCGCCCAGCAAGUCAAGGCGGGGUGCUCCCCCGAGUACAUUGCCGCGCUUGCUAAGUUCCCGUACAAGGCCUGCAACGACUCCAGCCCCCAGGUCACCAAGUACACAAAGUGCCCGGCGGAAGAGGCGCUGCUGCACGGGGGAUCCCCCCCGACCACCCUCGAGCUGCGCGCGUUCCUGCAGCAGACGCAGGGCUUCAUGCCCCAGUACACCGGGUACAGCUACACCGCCAACGAGUACGACGACCCGCUGAGCCAGGAGUUCUGGAUCCACAACGACGAGCGCAAGCACCUGGCGAACGGCGUCGUGACCAAGCUGUGGAACGAUACGGCGGAGGUGGUGCCGCACGCAUGAGCUCACGUCACGGAUCAUGCCGGGGUGACGUGGCGGGUGCGCGGAUCCAAUUCGGGUCGGUGUAAUCUUAUUCGUUUGCCGCCCCCAAGAGAAGUCCAAGCACCAAAUGUGAUCCGUAUUUGUAGUAGCGUUCGGAGGAUCUAAUUUAAGCCCGGAGCAUUAGAGACGCUCGGGAUGUUACGCGUCUGUCAUGGUGUGCCACCAGCUUGCUAAAAAGCUUCAAGUUAACUAACCCGUUGUUUCAGGGCCCUCCUUGUGCAUCUAAUGUAGACUAGUUGCAGUUUGUUUUGACGCUCUUCAGUCCAUGGCAAGAAACGAAGGUAUACAGGGGUUGGCGUCUCCCUAGGUUAACAAGUCGAUCGGAUAAGUUGGACAGCUAGAUUGUUGACGCAGGUUGGUUAAGGACUGCAACACUCUUUCAUGGUGAUCUAGCUUGAACUUCCCUUCCGAAGGCGCCCCAUCCUAAAGCGCCUCGAAACAUCACAUUAUGACCCGCCGCUUUAUGGAAUGUAC